AUGCUCCAGGAAGUCACCAUAAAAAGCGAGCCCAGUAUACUCGAUUUUCACCGUCUAAUGGAGCUCACAAACUACAGUGACAAGGGGAACUGUCAAUUAGCCAACUUGAUAAAAAACUGGGAAUUCAAACAAGAAAACGCAGUUCGACUCCUCUGGGAAGAGCUCGACACACUCAGCAAACAGCAGCAAGAAGUCGAGCUCAAGAAGCUCGAGAUUCUUGAAGAGCACAGGUUCGAGAGUGAUGGAAUUUUUGGAGGGGAUAAACGGCCCGUCUCGAUUCUUGACGAGAAUAUGAAGUAUUUGUAUCAGGAUUUGCCGAGGAGGAGAAAUGAAGUGGUUUUGAAGGAUGAAAAGAAGGUGGAGAUUGAUGAUGGCGAGUAUGAUAGUGUGGUGAAUUGGAAGCAGAGGGCUGUGCAGUUGGAGAAGCUUCUAGAAGCUAGCUUGGGGAGGGAACAAGUUCUGCUCGAGAAGCUUCAGGAGAGUAUCGAGAAUUUGGAGAGGCAGUCUUCGCCUGUUGAGGAGCUCUCGCAGGUUUUGAAAAGGCCCGAUAAUUUCUUGCAUUUUGUUCUGCAGAAUGCGCCUGUUGUGAUUGCUCACCAGGAUAAGGAACUAAGGUACCGUUUCAUUUUUAACCAUUUUCCGAGUCUUGGAGAGCAGGACAUUAUAGGCAAAACGGACGCGGAGAUCUUUUCUGGGGUUGGCCUGAAAGAAUCGGUAGAUUUCAAAAGGGAUGUCCUCGAGCGAGGACUUCCCGCCAAAAGGGAGAUCACAUUCGAGACCGAGCUGUUUGGUUCAAAGACAUUCUUAAUAUAUGUCGAGCCCGUUUUCAGCAAGACAGGCGAGACAAUCGGUGUAAAUUACAUGGCAAUGGAAGUAACUGAUCAGGUCAGAAAGAGAGAGAGAAUGGCAAAACUUAGAGAAGAAAUGGCUGUCCAAAAAGCUAAAGAGACAGAGCUUAACAAAACAAUCCACAUAACAGAGGAAUCAAUGAGAGCGAAAAAAAUGCUCGCAACAAUGUCUCAUGAGAUAAGGUCUCCUCUAUCGGGAGUUGUAAGCAUGGCCGAGAUUCUUUCGACCACUAAUCUCGAUAAAGAACAAAAUCAGUUUCUGAAAGUGAUGUUGUCUUCUGGUGAUUUAGUCCUUCAACUGAUUAACGACAUUCUUGACCUUUCAAAAGUCGAGUCAGGAGUUAUGAAAUUGGAAGCUACCAAAUUUAGACCAAGAGAAGUGGUAAAACACGUUCUUCAGACAGCAGCAGCUUCAUUACAGAAAUUACUAACCUUAGAAGGUCAUGUAUCGGACGAUGUUCCUGUGGAGGUUAUUGGAGAUGUCCUAAGGAUUCGACAAAUUCUCACAAACCUGGUCAGCAAUGCCAUCAAGUUUACUCAUGAAGGAAAGGUCGGAAUAAACCUCUAUGUGAUCCACGAGCCAUCGACAAUAGCUAAUACGAUGAAAGACAUGUCAAUGUCUGAUCAGCAUGAAAACGGGACGUGUGAAAACCAAAAUCUAAACAAUGGGUCUACUGAGAAAGAAGAUGAAAAGGACACGAUAAAUGAGGAACGAGUCGUGUGGAUACGUUGUGAUGUUUACGAUACGGGCAUUGGAAUACCCGAAAAUGCAAUACCAACCCUUUUCAAGAAAUACAUGCAAGUUGGUGCAGACACUGCUCGAAAAUAUGGUGGGACGGGACUCGGCCUCGCAAUCUGUAAACAACUGGUCGAGCUAAUGGGAGGCCAACUCACCGUAUCCAGCGUGGAAAACCAGGGCUCGACUUUCACUUUCGUGCUCCCUUACAAGGUCUCGUCGGCCUCCGAAACGAACUCCGACGACCCAGACGAGCUUUCCGAUUCUGAACACGAACUCUCGGGCGUGUUCCUUUUCCCUCCGCGCAACCUCGGCUCCUUGUUCUCCUCCCAAGCUUCCGGAAGGAUCCAGAAGAAGCUCGGCCCGAAUAAUUUUACCCUCAACAAAUGCAACGGGCUAUUAUUGUUGGAGGAGGACUCAUUAUUACCUCCCACUAGCACGGUAACUUCGGAAAGUGAGAAAAUUGAUGGGCAAUUUCGCCCCUAUUCUUGUACUCCGGAGGCUUGUGUGGCUCCGUGUCUGGAUGACGAGAGUUCCGAGUGCAGCUCGUCUAGCAAUAGUCUCGAUAUCUUGGGAGUUUGCUCGAGGCCGAAAAUUCUUCUCGUCGAGGAUAAUGAGAUUAAUGUGAUGGUGGCGAAAUCAAUGAUGAAGCAAUUGGGGCAUGAGAUUGACGUCGUGCAUAAUGGAUUAGAGGCCCUUCGCAUGGUUCAAUCCAACGAUUAUCAUCUCAUUCUAAUGGAUAUAUGCAUGCCGGUUAUGGACGGUCUUCAAGCUACGAAACUGAUCAGAUCAUAUGAGGAAACCGGUAAUUGGGACGAGGCGUUAAAAGCCGAAGUCGAUAUUCAGUUGCCUUGUCGAAAUUCUUGCUCGAAUUCACGAGUAGGAAAAACGAGAAAGAGGAUUCCUAUUGUAGCGAUGACGGCAAAUGCAAUGUCGGAAAGUGCGGACGAAUGUUACGCGAAUGGGAUGGACUCGUUCGUGACGAAGCCGAUUACUUUUCAGAACUUGAAAAAAUGUUUACAACAGUACCUCCUCUGA